UCACGCUUUCUCCGAAGAAUGUCGAACAUUAUAAGGUUUUCAGUCGACGCCUUUUUACUCCCCCAAGUUACUGGCACGUACUUUUUCCUGCAUUGCACAAUAUCGGUUCACAGAGCCACUACAAGUGCCACAGCAAAGUCAUGUACCUAUAACCGUGUAAAGAGAAGGUGGGAGGAACUCUACACCGAUGCAUCUGCUUGUGCUUGUUGUGAUUCCGCAUGUGAAAUUAAAUCAGCUUCUUCUUUGCCCCAUGUGACACAAUCUAUAACAAGCAAACCCUGGAUUUUGGACAAAAAUGAACAAUCUUUAAUCAAGACUAUGGAAGGAUGGGUCAAAGUUCAGGAGGACACAGAAAGGAUGAAGUUCAAGAGUGUGGAAGGAAUCGAUGAAGAGGAAGAAGAUGGUGACACUGUGGAGAUUGUGACUAAUACUGAAGAACAAAUGGAAGCAAAAGAGAAAAAUAAAAAGGUGCCCAUGAAUGAUUUAGAUGAGGAUGUAGAAGUAAUUGCUGGGACAGAGGAAACAACUGCUACAGAGUUAAAGGAUAAAAAUGGUGAUGGUUCUGGAAAAGUAAUGCUUGUUGAGGAGCAGAAGAACGGGGAUGUAAAGAUCGGAGAGGAUGCUGGGAGACACAAGAGCACAAAUAGAACCGAUAAUGUUGGACAGCCUAGCGUUCAGUUGAUCGAAGAGCUUUUGGGAUAUGUUAAUGACCAAGCAUCCAACAAGAGUGGAGCACAAGAAAUGAUUCACUUUACCAGAGAAGAACUGUCCGAAGAUAAAAUACAGCCUGAAGAUUUUGAGGAAAACAUGCAUGUACAAAGCACAAUAUCAACACGAAUGUUGAUGGAUGAAGAGAUAUUUUUAAAUGCCAAACAUGAACCAAUGGAGUGGCAUCAAGAUGAACAUUAACUAACCCAAUGUGGGAGAAAUGGAGGACUGACUUUUGAGGUCGUUCCAGGGUCUCCAAGGUUCUUUGAUUGACCUUUUUGGAAGUUGCAUCUGUGGGGCAAAAGAUCUCGGUAUACUUUUCUUAUGGAUUCAACUGAAUUCAAUACGUCACUUUUUCUGUACUUGUAUUGAAAUUUAUGCAUUCAUACACUCUUCGAAGUACGAUGCUGACAUUAACUGUAAUGUCAUCAGAAUAUUAAAACAUUUUUGAUUGAUAAUUUUUCUUUUUCUAAUGUCCUGUGACCUCGUUGAUGCCUGUCAUUGAAUGACUUAUUCUUAAAGGGUUAAUCUCACAGUUCAUAUUUUACCCCCC